GGCUGAAUUACAUGGCUUAUUGAAAAACAUGAAAAAUUAUCUUAGCAAAAUGGUGUUUUUGAAAAUUCGAAAAAAAAGCAAUGCUUAUUUUGAUGCUACAAGUUAUUGUUCUAAAAAAUCUUCACUAAACUAGAAAAGUAGAGCUUGAAAAACUUUACAAAAAGGAUAGUGUAAUUUGCCACUACACCUGGACAUGAGAACGAGUUCAUACAAGAGAACUGUAGUUUGUACUUUGAAAGUUGAUUAUGUUGUAUCUUUCGAAGAUUAUUCAAAUAGUUUUAUUUGACUUUACCAGUAUGAUAUCGGUUUGUAUACAAUUUUGUAGAGAAUUAAACACUGAAUAUUUUGGACAAAGACUUACUUCGAAACUAUGAAAACUGAAUGAUAUAUUGAGAAAAUACCACUCGCUAGAUAAAUUUGAUUGAACUGUUUUCAAUCUUAUUCCUUUAGUUAAUUCUCAUCAUAUAACUGGCACUGAUGAUGAUGCACAAGAAAAUGUUACUAAUCUCGUAAUUCGUUCAUUUGUCCAAUGUUACUCAAGUAGAAUUUGGAUCAACAUUCAAUAUAUAUCGAUGGAAAGAUAUUCAAUUCAUUCUAAAAAUUGUGUAUCCAUUAUUGAUAUAUUUCUUAAUCAUCUAAAACAUUUGUCGUAUGUUAAAAUGAAUUAUGAUGAAAUUUUAUUAAUCAAUGAUCCUAUUUCACGUGAUUAUAUUAUUGAAAAACGUCGUCAAACAUUUCCCAUGAAUAUUUUCAAUCAACAGCUGAUUGAUGUUGAAAAUAAUGGAAAAGCAAUGGAAAUUUGGUUAUCGUAA